UGGUGAGUGAGCCAUGGAGUAAGAGAGAGAGGGGGCGACGACCGAGUGAUGCCUGGUGGGGGAACCUCGGUGGAAACUAGUCGAGUCCCGGCCUCAGGUCGUGUCGGGUUGUUCAGUUUUCAGGCGAGUGCCGUAGAGUGUUGUUGGAUUGUAUGACGAACGCUCGUGAUAUUUGUUUUUCGCGACAAAGUUUAUUUACUUCAAUUGCGAAAUUUUUUCGCUCGUGUUAUUGACAUUUAAUAACAACUACUGUACAAUACAAUAAAUAAUUUCGGUAGUUACAUUAAAUAUCAAGUAAAAUUACGUGGAAUAUUGAAUUCUCUGUGGACCACUCUGAAAUUUCCUGUCCUAGUUUCCACGAGGGGUGUUGCGGCAUUCACUGCAUUUUGCUCUCUCGCGACAGUCGAUAAACGACGCUCUUGUUUUCUCAUCCUGGGAAUUCAUUUGGCUGCGAACACAUUUUGUUUAAAGUUUCUUUUUAUUGUACUGUUCUACAUCAAAGUGAUAGAACGCGUGUGAUUUAAGCAAAUGUUUCAAACAGAUCUGAGGGGAUUUUUUUAAUCUGUCAAGAAAUGUUUAAAUAAUUUAACAUCAAGCCAAUUAAAACGUGAAAAUAGUAUUAGUGAUAGUGUGUUGUGUGUAUACUUUUUAGUGAAUUCAUUAUUUACAAUAGUGAAAAUAAUUAUCAUUGUAAGGAAAAAUCGACAAAGAUUUACUCCAAAACGAUAACGUACUGAAGGUUUCGUUAACUCUGGGAUCAUUAACACACGCGGCAACUUGAAAGCGUCUCAUCAAGAAAGUGAUGCAAGCGCUGUAACGGGAUAUCCAAGCAAAAUGAAGGCUCUAGUGGGAUUGCAUCUCUCGCUGGCAGUAAUAUUUCUCCUUGUGGAUGUCUCCACGUCUUUCGAAUGGAAAAACAGUGCUGUGUUGGACAAUAACUUCCUAAUACUGUGGACACCUGAUGAAAGAGACAUUGUGUUUGAAGUGCAAGUGAAGACUCAGGGCUACGUGGGUCUUGGAUUCACCAGAGAUGACAGACAUGUUGGUGCGGACAUGGUCAUCGGUUGGGUCGAUAAUAACGGCCAGGUUCAUCUUCAGGACCGGCACGUAAAAGAUUCAAAUAGAGACCCGGCGAUGGAUUCAAGUCAGGACUACCACCUGCUACUGGGCUACGAGAAUAAAACCCAUACUGUAUUGCGAUUCAGUCGACAGUACGACACGUGCGAUCCGCGAGAUUUAAAAAUCACGAACGACACGACGAAAGUAGUUUGGCAGUAUCAUAAAGAGGAGCCUGUGUCAGCAGCAGGAGUACUUCCUCCUCAUGGUGCGGUUCGUGGAUCCCGCCCUCUUUAUCUUGUUCAACGAGAUUCUCAGCCCAAACGUAUGUCUCGGAAUCAGCAAGCCGCGCCAAAUCUAAAGACAUGGGAUAUUAUAAAUCAACAGGUUAAAUUGCCGAUGGGCCAGGAUUCUCUUUUAUGGUGUUUGGUAGUAGAAAUGCCAAAUAUCCAACGGAAACAUCACGUUGUCAAGUACGAACCCAUCAUUUAUCCAGGGAAUCAGCAGUAUUUGCAUCAUAUGACUUUGUAUGAAUGCAGAGGCAAAGAUUCAGACUUGGAAAAUGCAGCACGAAUGAAUGGUAGUGUGUGCUAUGAACCAAAUGCACCAUCUCUACAGUGCACAUCAAUAGCUGCAACAUGGAGCUUGGGAUCAGAGGGAUUUAAUUAUCCUCUUGAAGCCGGAUAUGCAUUGGAUCCAACAUCUGGGCCUCGUUUCUAUAUGCUUGAAACACACUACACCAAUCCCUCGCUUGAUAAUUUUAUCAGUGACAGUUCCGGAUUGAGGUUGUUGUACACUGAUCAGUUACGUACUCAUGAUGCGGGAAUUUUAAGUGUCGGUAUAGAUCCCAACUGGCGUCAUAUUAUACCUCCUGGUCAAAGGGAAGUUGUGUCGGAAGGGCAUUGCGUUGCAGAUUGCACGGGACAAACCAUCCCUGAAUCAGGCGUCAAUAUGUUUGCUGUUAUUAUGCAUACUCAUCAGCUGGGCAGGAAAGUUAGAUUGAGGCAGAUUCGAGCUAGUGAAGAGCUUCCUCCAAUUGUCUCUGAUACAAACUACGACCCCAAUUAUCAAGAGUAUCGGAGAUUACAACGACCUGUUAAAGUUUAUCCCGGAGAUCAUUUAGUAGCAGAGUGCACAUAUUCAUCGGAAUCCCGCACAACUAUGACAUUGGGGGGUCUAACAACGCGCGAAGAGACAUGUUUAGUAUCAGCUCUGUACUAUCCCCGCAUUGAACUAUCACUUUGUUAUUCUCUUCCGUCACUUCCAACAGUUCUGCAAAGUUUGGGAAUUCAGAAACUAAAGCAAGGAGCAUCUCCAGUUAUUAUUGAAGCGCCAGAAGAACUUGCUGGAAUGACACUUGAAGAACGCUUAGUCCAUUACAAUUGGGAAACUAGUUUCCAAAGUUUCCAAGAAGCAACCCAUCGUGGUACAUUUAAGCCUCUUUGCUGGGACAGCAAAGGAGGCAUAAUACCAAAUACUGAUGUUCAGGAAGCCCACUAUCCAAGGAUUUUGAAACCCUACGAAGAGACUGCAUUACCUUGUGCAAAAAAAGUCCCGAGAAAUAAAUUAUCUCGGCUCUUUGGUGAGGAUGGUGAUUUAGGAGCUUCCGUUGAUCCUGAUAGUGACGAAGCUAAUGCCGUUGAACGUGGCCAACUUGUCCGCAGUAAAGUAUCACGGAGUAGUGAAAGUCCAGUUGCAGGAAGUUCUAAUGUAAUGAGAGCACCUGCUUUUCUCAUUCUCGCGAUUGUUGUUGCAAUUUUCAGAUGAACAUACCAAGUUUAUAUCUAAAUAAAUAGACGAGUUGGUACAUCUGAAUACACGCACAGGCAUCCAUAUUACCAUACGGUUGGAUGAACUUUGUGAGGUGAUGAUGUAAGUAAUUUAUCGUGAUGCUGCUGAUGCACUUAUUAUAAAUUAUAACUAGGUACUUUUCAAUUUUUUAUAGUUAGCUACUCGACAUAAAAAUGAAAUAUGUUCUGAUAUCUUCCGAAUGCAUGAAUGAUUUAUCUCAUUGAUUUUUGUUAAUUAUUGAAAGUUUAAAUUAUGAGAAUUGACAUUUUAAUUUAAAAAAUAAUCCUGUUAUAAAAGAGAAUUAUUUUUAAAAUAUCAAAAGUAAUCAUUGAAAUUAAAAAACAACCUUCUACAUUGGUUGAAUAACCCUUUUCAGGAGAAUUUUGUGACCAAAGUCAAUAGAGUUUAUUUUAAAAAUAAUUUUUCGUCCAUUGUAAAUAAAAUUAGGUUGUAAGACAAAUCGGAAGAUAUCCACAUAAAUUACAAAAGAAAAUUAUUUUUUAAAGCUUCUCACGAAAAGAAGUAAAACGUUGGCUGUUUAUGCGCCGUCAGGAAUUUAGUCGAGCUGAUGGCGAUACCGCGAAUGGGUUUUCUGCAAAAAUGCAAUUCACUCACGUUUUAGCUAUUUGUUUCGCAAAACUUGCACGCAAGCACUACCCUCGCAGGUAUUUUGCUGACUCGGCAAUUCAGGGAAAACGAUAUCGUCUUUGUACGGUUCCCUGAGCAUAUUCUGUAUAUUUUGUUAAUUAGAUGAUUAUCCUUGUAUUUUUUGCAAUUGUUGUACAAGCACAGGUCGAUUUAUCUCGUUAAAAGUAUUAGGCUUCAAGAUAUGUAUCAUUAGAAAGUAUAGUUUUCUAAAUUCAAUCUUAACAUCUUAUACGUGAAAACUACAUUUGAAAAUUAAUUAUGAAAAAUCUCUAAGAUACAAUCUUGACGCUUUUUUAACGCAUUAACUUAAUCUGUGCUUGUAAUUUACGUACUAUUUGUAAUAUUUUGUACAGCUUAUUAAAGAUAAUAAUGAAGAAUAAUUUUGCAUUUGCUGCAAAUUAUUAAUUAAUAAUUAAAUAUUAUUAUUAAUUAAAUGACAUAGAUAAUUAUUUAUUUAUUUUUUCUUGUGUUAAUUAUAUUGAAAGCAACAGAGAUUAUUGGGAAAGUUAGUAAUUCAUUUAUUUACAUAGUAUGUUGAUUAAUUAAUGUGGAAUUUUUUAGGGUGUAAUUAAUUAAAGUUGUAAACGAUUACAAACCACUCACGAUAAUUGGAUCGUUCAUCCUUGCGCACUGAUACGCGAAUUGGAACCAUUGCAACUGUAUUUACGUAGACAUUUGAUACACAUUGUGCAUGAAUUACUCGCUCACGCACUACUCAUCAUUAUUCUCAUACUAGAUUGCAUCUUUCAAUGCAUACUCAAAAAAAAAAUUCUCUUUUCUAUUUCUAUCACGAUAUUAUACCCUAAUCAAACUUUCGAUUUGAAAAAAAAAAAUUUUUUACGCGAAAACGAUUUGUAGAAAUCUUAAAAUUUAUACAUUUUUUUCAUUAAAAAAUUGCUUUCUGUUUGAAUAACAUUUAAUUAAAUAUUUCCAUCUCUUUUAUCUUUUUAAUAAUAAAAGUAAUCAAGUUUAUUGUUGACAAGUAUUGUUAGUAAUAUCAUUAAAAACAAUCAAAAUUGUUUGAAGUAUGAAUUUAAUUUAAAUUAGGAUUUAUUUGUCAU